UUUGUUAACCGUACAUGUGCAGUUAUAGCCAUAGCUAGUAGGUUGUGUUGGGCAGCAAAUACAAGGCAAUCUUGCGGUGCAUCCAUUCGUAAUUGUCGACACUGCUUCGCUCUUUUUCUUACCCUUCUUCUUAUCUUUUUUGCCUUUUUUCUUGCCUUUGCCUUUACUUUUCCCUUUCUUUUUUGGAGCCAUCUCUGGUUUUAGGGCUGGGGUUUGUGUUUGGGAUGUUGCUAUGACCUCUUCUAAUUCGAUUAUUGAAGGGUCACUAGGUACCUUUAUAGGCGGGGCUGGUUUUCUACAAUAUACUCCUGUUUCUGAUAUUAGUUGAGAUAUAUCAUCAUCAAAUUCUAAGUUCAUGGUAUCAACUGCCAAGGAAGACCUGGUUUCCCAGACAUACUGGAAAUUUUGUGGCUUACUCUUAAUUCAUGAUGACAUAAGUAAUUGAUGUUUGACUUAAAAUAACUGUCAAAGCAAAUUUAUAAUUUUUAUUUUAAAAAUAUAGUACACUGAUCUUAUAAGUUCAAUGGCAUCAAAGAGACAACUAAUUGAUGUCUGUGUUGCAAAAUGCGAUAACGCAAAGAAAACAACUCAUUAAACAAACACAAAUAGUUGGUCAAUUAAAAGAAUGAGAAGAUGCGGAGAAAGUGCGUCCAAAAUUGGGACGCUUUCGCUACCGCCGAAUUCUACAAACAAUUCGCCACUUUUGCGUUUUUAACUCUGUUUUUCACAAGUUUAAUGAUUAUAUUAAUUUUCCAAUAUUCGCAAUAUUAGAAAACUGUAUUUAUGUCGCAAACGCAAUUAAAUUAUCCAACAAACUCGAAAAACACGCAACGGUUUUUUAAAGUAAUGACAAUGCGUUGAGGAACGCUUUCACUAUUAUAAAAUAUAAUGUUUAAUCACAAAUCGAACAAUUAGCGGCGCGACGAAUGCGAGUGGAAAUCAUAAAGUUUCAGUUGCGUAGGAAGCGCGAAGAUGAGCGUGAGUGUGAUGAAGAUUUUAGACAAGACUUUUGAAGAUGAAAUGAACAAUAAUGAUAAAUGUGAGAAGUUAAGGUUUCCGUUUGAAAUCGUUAAAGUUGAUGAGGAGAUUAAUAAGGAAUUGUUAAAGGAUUUCACUGGUGAGAAAACCGGCUUCGUACAAGUCGGCCCGAAAAAAUGGUUCUUUCCCAGCGGUUAUGCCAAAGAAGCGGAGAAUUAUUACAAUUUUCAGCCUAGACCUGAUGAUGUUUGGGUCGUCACGUUUCCCAGAUCGGGGACCACGUGGGCCCAGGAAAUGGUUUGGUUGCUGUCGAACAAUCUCAAUUAUAGGGCAGCUGAAGAAGUGCCGUUAAUCGAUAGAUUUCCAUUUCUAGAGUUCAGUGCAUUCGUGCACAACGAAACUAAGCAGGAGUUUUUGAACGAAAAUAGUUACUGUUUGAAAAAAUUGCAAAUGGUACAUGAUAUUUCGUUUCCCGUGUGGAAAACUUUGAACGCUGCAAAGGGCAAGAGAUUCAUUAAAACUCACUUACCUUUCAGUCUUUUGCCUCCUAAUUUGUUGAAAGUUGGUUGUAAGGUAAUAUAUAUCGCUAGAAAUCCCAAAGAUGUUGCCGUAUCAUUUUAUCAUUUGAAUCGGUUAAUACGAACCCAAGGUUAUAUCGGUGAUUUUCCAAAAUACUGGGACUAUUUUGAAAGAAAUCUACAAGCUUGGACUCCUUAUUGGGAACACAUUAAAGAAGGUUGGGAAUUACGACAUGAGAAUAAUCUUUUAUUUGUCUUCUAUGAAGACUUGAUUAAUGAAAAACUGAGAAAAGGUAUAGAAACGGUUAGUAACUUUUUAGGCAAAAAUUACUUGCCAGAAGAACUGGAUAAACUUGAAAAUCAUUUAAAAAUUGAUAACUUUCGUAAUAAUAAAUCUGUCAACUUCGAUGUUUACAAACAAAUCGGAAUUUUGAGGGGUGGUGAAGCAAGUUUCAUCAGAAAAGGGAAAACUGGGGGUUGGAGGGAUUAUUUUACUUAUGAACUUAACGCAAGAGCAGACAAAUGGAUUGAGGAGAAUUUAAAAACUACCAGUUUGAGAUUUCCUGAAAUAAAACAGUAAC